CUCUCUUUAAACUGUUUGUUUAUUAAUGUGUCUUUAAGUCAGUUUUCGCAGUUCAAUUUCAAAUCAGUGUGUAGUGUGACUUCUCACUGGAGAGAAGUGAGGAAAAGAGAAGAGAAGCUUUAAAAAAUAUUCCAUUUUGUUCAUCAAAUAACAUUUUAUCAAUUAGCGGAUUCGAAAAUUUAAUUAUCGCAUUUAGUCAUGAAGAUUUUAGUGAUAUUAGGUCUUGCGGCCAUUGUUAGUGCACAGAAUGAUCCAUCAGUAGGAGGUUUGUUCUCAACACCAAAGCCUUAUGUUGAUCCUGAUGAAUAUGUUCAACCAGAAAAUAAACAAGAUCAAUUUGACUGGAAAUUAACAAAGGAAGUACUUAAAGCACAAACAGGUAAUGUCUUAAUUUCACCGUUAUCUGCAAAAAUUCUUCUUACAUUGCUCGCCGAAGCAGCAGGACAGACAGUUGAAUCAAAAACAAGAAGGGAAUUAGAACAAGUUUUGCCAUACAACAGGAAUCUUUAUGAUGCUAAGGAAUACUUUAAGAAGGUUUUGGCAUCAAUCGGUACUCUCAAUGAUGCUUAUCGCGUCAAUUUUGCCACCAGAAUCUUCGUUGAUGGAAUUGUUAACAUUAAUCAGAGAUUCAGUUCCAUUGCUGAACACAAUUAUAAUGCCGACGUAACUAAUUUAGAAUUCAAUGAUGCUCGUAAUUCAGCAAAAACGAUCAAUGACUGGGUUAAGGAUGUAACAAGAGGAAAUAUUAAGGAUUUAGUAUCAGAAGAUGCAAUCCAAAAAUCAAUUCUCGUCCUCAUCAAUGCUCUCUACUUUGAAGGCACAUGGAGAUUCCCAUUCAAUAAGACAAUCUCAAGAGAUUUCUUCACAGCACCAGGAAGGAAGACAAAUAAGAAAUUCAUGGAACAGACAUCAAACUUUUAUUACUUCUACUCACGUCAUUUGAAUGCUAAGAUCCUUAGAAUGCCAUAUGAAGGACGUAGAUUCUCAAUGUUCAUUGUAUUACCAUCAGAAGUUGACGGAGUUGAUGCUGUUGUUGAAAAACUUGAAUCAAAUGCUCUUAAGAAUGAAGUCUGGCAUAUGGAUGAGCUUGAAACUCAUGUUGUUAUCCCUAAAUUCAAGUUUGACACAUCUGUUAAUUUGAAUGACAUCACAAAAGCUCUUGGAAUCUCAGAAAUCUUCGAAAACUCAGCCACUUUCCCAUUAUUAGCCAGAGGAGGUAAUUCAGAAGGAAAAUUGAAGGUUUCAAACAUUAUCCAAAAAUCAGGAAUAUCAGUUGAUGAAAAAGGAACAAUUGCAUAUGCAGCAACAGAAAUCGAACUCGUCAAUAAAUUCGGUGGUGAGCCAAAAGAAUUCAUCGCAGAUCAUCCAUUCGUGUUCUACAUCGAAGAUGAUGUUACCGGUGCAAAGUUAUUCUCUGGUCGUGUAUCAAACCCAGACUAUUAAGUAUAACAAGAGAAGUUUUCCAUCAUAAAAGUAAAAGUUUCUUUUGUAUAAUGACUAAAGUUUUUUUAAUAGCAUUUUCUAAUUGAAAUAGAAGUACUUGUCUUUAUUUUAUGACUUAAAAUUGAAAUAAAACGAUUUUUUAU